AAUUACCCAACGAAAUCUUCCAUCAAAAAAAAAAAACAAAUACCCAACGAAAUCGUCGUUCUGCGACUUCCUCACUAAGCUUUCGUCUGCCCUACGCAUUCCGGCGUCCCCAUCGCCUCCCGCUGCAGGCGUCAAUACAUAGAAGAUCCCGAUUCAGGCACUUGAAGAGUUGGCGAGUUUCGUCUUCAGCCUUUAAGGCAGCGAGUCUGGCUUUGCAGAAUUGAGAUUCCUUUUAAUUUGGUGAGCUUGAGAAGUUCUUAUUGACUGAAGCUACUGAUUUUGUAAUCCAUAUCCGUUGCUAGCUUUCCAGUAAAACUUCAAAAGUUUAGAUUUUACAGAUGGACAGAUUGAAUCUGAUUUACCUUUCACAACAAUAGUAUCUAAGAUUGAUCUUUUGAGGUGGAAUUUCAUCCAACUCCUAGAUGAAAUUAUCUAUUGUGGUGGAGUUUCAUCCAACUCCCAGAUGAAGGGAAAAAACUUUCUUUCUUUCUGAAUAUCAAUAUAUCAUUUUGAUAUGUUGUUAAUAUGUAAGCGUUAUAUGCAGUCCUCGUGCUUAAAUGUAACAACCAUGUGUCACUCUCCGUUAAUACCAAAUUAUCCAAUUACAUGUUCCUCCUUAAUCUCCAAAUGUUUUAGUUUAUUUAUCCAUUCCCGUUCCAAUGGUAUAUUCCUCUUUCAUAUUCAAUCACACAAUUCGACAAAAUCCAUGUCACUUUUGGAAAAAGAACGUUUAAAUGUAUCUAGGCAAAAACUUAUGAUGGUUUCUUUCUAUUCUUCUACUGCAAUCCGACACCUGAGGGGUCCCCCAACAAGGUCACUGAGAAGAAGAAUGCGGAAAAGAGCUCUGGCUGCCUCAAAACCUGUUCUUGAUGAAUCUCGUGUUCAAAGGGCAAUCUCACAACUCCCACCUCGCUUCACCCCUGAAGAUCUUUACAGUAUCAUGAGUGUAGAGGAAGACCCAUUGGUGUGUUUGGAACUGUUCAACUGGGCGUCAACUCAGCACAGGUUCAGACAUGAUGUCAUCACCUUUCACGUAACCAUACAAAAGCUUGGUGCGGCCAAAAUGUAUAAGGAGAUGGAUGACAUUGUUAAUCAAGUUCUUGCUCUUCCCUCAAUUGGUUCUGAGGCACUUUUUAAUACUAUGAUACAUUACUUCAUAGAGGCUAGGAAGUUGAUUAGAGCCGUUAAUAUAUUCAAGCAUAUGCAGAAUAGUAAGAAAUUGGAUUGCAGGCCGUCAAUCAGGACUUAUAAUAUUCUUUUUGCUGCCCUGUUGAGUAGGGGAAGGAAUUCUUAUAUAAAUCACAUGUAUAUGGAGACUGCUCGUAGCCUAUUUAAACAGAUGAUCAAGGAUAUGAUUGAACCAGACGUAUUUGCUUUGAAUUCUAUGAUAAAGGGAUACGUUCUUUCACUCCACGUAAAUGAUGCUCUUAGGAUAUUUCACCAGAUGGGUGUUGUCUAUAAGUGUCAUCCAAAUUCUUUUUCUUAUGAUUAUCUGAUCCAUGGAUUGUGUGCACAAGGGAGGACAAAGAAUGCCAAGGAGCUAUGUGAUGAGAUGAAAAAGAAAGGGUUCUCCCCAAGUAGCAAAUCGUACAACUCUCUGGUGAAUGCUCUAGCCUUGGGUGGAGAGGUGGAAAGUGCGGUGAUGUUUUUGCGGGAGAUGAAUGAAAACAAACGAUCAGUUGAUUUCAUUACCUACAGGACGGUGGUUGAUGAAGUCUGCAGGAAACAUUGUCUACAUGAUGCUAUGGAUUUUUUGAAGGAUCUGCGUGAGAAGGACCUCAUUGAUGCUCAUUCUUAUAAAAGGUUAUUUCAGGAACUUGAAGAAAAUCAAGAUUAGGAUCUGCGUAAUGUUUAUGUUUCUGCUUUUGUAAGCCAUGUUUUAAAGAAUCUGGUAACAUUUUAUCAAUAUUAUGAAUUAUGAUACGGAGUAAUAAUUUAUGUAGCUACUAGAUACUACAGGAGUUAAUGGGC